AUGGUAAUUUGUUCUUCAGUUUACUUGUGUUGUGUGUUACAUGUCCUGCAGCAGCAGCACAACUUCCUGCCGCUGGUAGACAAUGCAGCUUGCAAAAUGUUAUGUUUUUGGUAUCACAUUAGUGAUGUUAACCCAGAAAGAUGUACUUUAAGAUAUUACAUUAGUGGUGUUAACAUAGAAUGCUGGAAUGAAAGGCAGGGUUAG